CGGCCUCAAAGGUCGAGAGCAACGGCGUCCUCGGCACCUCCAUUAUUGACGCCAUCGGUUCCCAAAUAGAUUGCGACCGAAUUCAGCAGGUAGGCGAUGGUGCACCGCAAAACGACGGAGUGAAAAAGUCCACGUGGGCGAUAAGACCUCUCUCGCCCAAGCACGUCGCAUCAGCGGUUGUGGUAGCCGGCGAUGGACGUCGCACAUGACGGUGGGAAAGACGGAUAUGCCGGCAAACGUCGUGACGCUACGUCGGGUCUUGGAGAUCUUCUUGCCACGGAAUGCCUUGACCAAGAUCAUGCCGUGGCAUACGUCACGAGCCCGCAACGAAUCCCAUCCACUCAAGGGAAAGAACACCGCGACUGCUCUGCAACGAUGCCACCGUGGCCACGUCGAUCUUUUGUCUGCGCUCGUGCAGCGUUCGUGCGCGCGACUCGUCGAUCUCCGAGCUGCACCGCAACACACCAUUGUGUGCGAACCCCAGGUAUUUGCCGAGUUCCACGACGAGACAUCGUCAGUAGCAUGUUGCUGACAACUGACUUUCGGCUUUGAGCACGUUGCUGUGUACUGCAGCUAACGGCGCGACUGACGCGCGCAUGCAUCCCAUCGGGUGCGAUGAACCCGCAUCUGCCCAACGUGAGGUCGAUAACAUGCAACUGCUUCGCACCGCAGACGAUUUGAGGCCAUCGGUGUCGUCUCCUGUAGAGCUCAAUGGGGCCUGCCCGAUGCCCACAUGCAGCUACCGCGCUCUCACUACCCAGCACCGCGCACCUUCCCCGACCCGACAUUCCUUGCCGUGGUGCGAGAUCGCCAUGUCGUCGUUGGUGGCACCAGAGUCAGUUGCAUGUUGCGUGGACGUUACCAAUGGGCACCGCCUACCUAUUCAGGCACUUGAAUGCCUAAAUUAGGCCAUUCCACGAUUUCAAUGGCAUACAAAAACCAAGAUAAAGAUGUAAGAGCCCACGUCAAAUAUCGAACGAAUCCAUGGGGUUACUUCCAAAGCAGCGGCGAUUGCAACAAGAUGGGCUGCGUCAAAUCGAGUCCGAUCCCUCAAGUACCCGCCGCGCCGAACGCGGCCGCUGCCCCCGCGACGACGGGAGCGACAGGGGCACCAUCGACGGAGCUCGUGACGAAUGAACCGCAGCGCCAUGGUUUUGAAGCCAACUACACGCUCGGCAAGAAGCUCGGGGAAGGGACGUUCUCCGUGGUGAAAGAAGGAAUCCAGAAGGCCACGGGCAAGAAGUUUGCCAUCAAAUGCAUCAAGAAGAGCGGUCUGUCGCAGGAAGAUCUGGACGCGCUGCAUGAGGAAAUUGAUAUCCUCAAGAAGAUGGAGCACCCCAACAUCAUGACUCUCUUUGAAGUGUACACAGAAGCUCAGUAUUACUACCUCGUCACGGAGUUUAUGGAAGGCGGUGAACUGUUUGACCGCAUCGUCGAAAAGACUUUCUACACGGAAAAGGAAGCGCGUGACUUGGUCCAGGUGCUUCUCGGCGCCAUCAAGUACUGCCACGACCAAAACGUUGUCCACCGCGACUUAAAGCCCGAAAACCUGCUACUCACAAGCAAGGACGACGACGCGUACAUUAAGAUUGGUGAUUUUGGCUUUGCCAAGCAAGAUAUGAAGGCUGGCCUCACGACCGCGUGCGGCACCCCCGGCUACGUCGCGCCCGAAAUCCUCAAGGGCGAAUCGUACGGCAAAUCCGUCGACAUUUGGAGCAUCGGCGUCAUCACGUUCAUUUUGCUCUGCGGGUACCCUCCGUUCCACGACGAGAACCAGAAGCGCCUCUUCACCGCGAUCAAGCUCGGCCAGUACAAGUUUGACUCGCCGUACUGGGACGACGUGUCGGCCGAUGCCAAGGACUUUAUCUCCAAGAUGCUGAUUGUGAACCCCGCGGAACGAUUCACCGCCGACCAAUUGCUUCAACACGUGUGGGUCACGGGCGACGACGUAUCGACUGUGCCAUUGACCAAGGCCAUGGAGGAGCUCAAAAAGUACAACACGCGCCGAAAGUUCAAGGCGGCGGUGCGCACGGUGCAAGUGACGGCUGCAUUGACGCGUGGCUUGGCGCCUGGGUCCCAUGGCAAGGACGACGAUCCGGAAGGAGCCGACGACGAAAGCGAAGCGGUCGAUGCCGACGACGUCAAGGUCCACGUCGACCCCGUCGAGGCGCGUGCGGCUCCUGUCGACGAAGCCAAGCCGUAACACGGCACCUCUCGGCAGCAGACCUCGAGACCCUGCCCAAGUGCCCUAACGAAUUUAUACAACACGUCGUUGCCAUCCUCCUUCAACUUCGUCCCAUGAUGUCGACGCAGUGUGUGCGAUGCGCCAAGAUGGCGCGAGUCCGCAUCGGAGAUCGCUCUCUCGGUGGGCCACGCGGCGCACAAAACGGCAGCCACCAUCGUCUCUCCGUUCCCUCUACACGCAUGCGAGGCGGCCGUGGUCUCUCGUCAUGGUUGCUGCCGACUGGUCGGACAGCGAGGCCGACUGCGGCACCCGAGGCGCCGUCCUCGUUGUCGAGCAAAGCGAUGAAGACCCAUGAAGACGACAAUGCGUCCGGAGUUUUGUGUUUUCGACGUGCCGCUCCAUUGUGCCGACGGAAGAUUCGAUCGUGUGUGCCUUGUCGUUUUUAUCGGGGGAAUGCCCGAACGACUAGCCGUCGCGGGUGGUGGCGCUGCACGUGGACCGACAUUGGAUCCGGGUGGCGCAACGCAAGUGACGUCGGCUCCAGACGAGCGAGCACUGGAGGACCAUCCACUGGCGGGCGGCUGCAGAGAAUGCCCGACGUCAUCAUCGCGUCGUUGUGUUUGGCAUCGUUCACCCGUCGAGCCACAUGCCUCGCGUGGACUUGGACGUCCUUCUCCGGACCAAGUCGGGGCUCGAAAAGCCGACGCUGCGUCGUCGUCCGAAAAAGGCGCCCCACAGCCACCGAUCGGCGCACGCGUUUUCGCCACUGUCCAUCCAUUUUCCACGGUGGCAACGACCACGCCGCCGCAAGCCGACGACAAAUCAAGCAUAUCCAUUCUCGCGCGCAUGGACCGGCGCAUCCGACGACGAUCUAUUCACCGAUGGGUCGCACGACUCGUUGGAGCGCGCGAUGGUGCGCCAUUUGUCGGAAUGGCCGAAUGUGGUUUCAGCCAGGACAUCGUGGGGUCGCUGGCGAUGCCGACGACGGCCAACGGCGGUGGUGGCCGUGGCAUGGUGGCCGCACUGGCGCGCAGUCCCGUGUGUUUGCCAGGAUGCUGCCACGAUUGAAACGACACGUGCUAGUUGUUUAAUCUGUUGCUUCUGCUUGCUACUCAUGCGUUUCCGACAUGGACCCGUCGGCACUGCGGCGUCCCGUGCCGGUCAUCGUCGUCUUCGUCAUCAUCAUCAUGGUUGUUGCGGCGUCGACUGGUGCGCCUUGCUUUGACAAGGCCAGACGCACCGCCCAUGAGAUUCGGUCCUCGGGCGAGCCCAAGUUGCCCGCCUCCAUGCUCGAGCUGGUCCUCUCGCUGGUCGCGGAGCCACAGCGGCUUUGUCGCGAUCCCGUGCACUUGAUUCGAUUUCGUCGUGCUUCGGCUCACGACCGGCGCGUUGUCGGACGCUAGAGC